AUGACGGCUCCGCUCGGGCUCCCCCCGCGCUGGCCCGAGCCGCUCGGCUGCCGCUGCGAGGACGCCCCGCGGGAGAAGCCGCGCAUGGAGAGCCUGGGCCACUGCCGGGAGAGUUUGGGCCACUGCCGGGAGAGCCUGGGCCACUGUCGGGAGAGCCUGGGCCCCUGUCGCGACAUGCUGCCGCACGCCGGCGCGGCCGCCCCCCCGGCCGAGGGAGCGGCGUUCGCGGAGCUGGCGAGCGCGGAGCCGGCCCGGCAAUGCCCGUCGGGGCCGGCGGCGCUGGGCUACGGCUACCCCGCCUUCGGCACGGGCUACUACGGCUGCCGCCUGAACCUGCAGCAGAAGCCCUGUGGCUACCACGCGCCCGACAAGUUCGCCGAGGCGGGCGGCUCGCUGGCGAGCGAGGAGCUGCCGGCGCGGCCCAAGGAGUUCGCCGCCUUCUACCCGGGCUUCCCGGGCUCGUACCAGGCCGUGCCGGGCUACCUGGACGUGUCGGUGGUGCCGGCGCUGGGCGCGCACCCGGAGCCGCGGCACGAGCCCCUGCUUCCCGUGGAUGGCUACCACCAGCCCUGGGCGCUGGCCAACGGCUGGGACGGGCAAGUGUUCUGCCCCAAGGAGCAGCCGCAGCCCGCGCACCUCUGGAAGUCGCCGUUCCCAGGCGCGCCCUGGUUCCCGGCGCAGCCGCGCUCGCGCAAGAAGCGCCGCCCGUACUCGAAGGCGCAGCUGGCGGAGCUCGAGGCCGAGUUCGGCCUCAGCGAAUUCGUCACUCGCCAGCGGCGCCGCGAGCUCGCCCAGGGGCUGGGGCUCAGCGAUCAGCAGGUCAAGAUCUGGUUCCAGAACCGGCGCAUGAAAAAGAAAAGACUCCUCCUGAGAGAGCAGGCGCUCGCCUUUUUCUGA